AAAAGCCGCACAAAAUAUUUCUAAAAAGUUUUCCAAAAAAAAUUACAUUUCCCGCUUCUCCUCCUUCCCCUCUCUGGUUCUCUAGGUCCUUCCCAUUCUCUAGUUUCGCGAAAUUCAACAGCUCCUCCCCCUUCUCCAGUUUCGCUAAAUUCAACAUUCACACCGCAAGCCUAGCCGCGCAGUCGUUGCUGUUCCCUCACCGCCGAACGCUUCAUCUUCCAGCCACGUCGCCGAUGAUGUCCCCCCCCCCCCCCGAAUUCUCCCUCUUCCUGCCGCCGCGGCAGCACACAUGCGUUGCUCCUCCUUAUCGCUAAACAAAACCCUAAAAAAUCCCCAAACCCUAGUCAUUUUUUUGCAAUAGCUUCAAUUAAGGAUGCCUAUUUUGUCAUGGUUUUUCAAUUGCUUGCUCGUUUUGCUUCUACUAUCUUCCAAAUCGAACUAAUUCAGAUACCUCAGAGGCAAUCACAUUGGGGUACCAGCUUGUACUCCGUAGUAUUUACUGCUCCAAAAUUAUAAAUAAAAUGUUAUAUUUCAUCCUCUUUGUGGACUGCAAGGAACCCUAGAACUAGGGAAAUGGUUGGCCAUGGCCCAUGGGCAUAUCAAGAAUUCAAGAGGUUUACCACACCAUUUGUGGCCAUGGGCAUAUCAAGAGGAAUACUUAUUAUUGGAAUAAGUUAUGAAGAUUUGGAAGAGAUGUAUCGGCAAGGGGACAAGGCUGAGACCACUUGGGCUUUCACUGUAUUGGGAUACUUGGGGAAGCUUAUAAUGGAAAUCUUAGGGUACUCAACAAUCCGAGAGAUCAACCCUUCACCACUGAGGAGAUAAAUGAAGUUCGCGAAAAGUUGGCAAACUUCAUUACCAAUUAUUGUCUUUUAUAUUUUCUUGUAAUGAAUCUUAGAUUAUGGAUGUUAGUUUUUCAUAUAAUUGUAAUGUAAUUGACUUUUAUAUUCACAAUUAUAUACUAUUUAAUUUAAUUAUCUAUAUAAUUGGAUACUUUUUAAUGUGA